UAUCAAUUUGUCACUGGUCGGGUGUGAUCCGCAUACGCGGUUUGACGUUUGACGGACGUCCGGUGCGUUACGGUUACGCGGAUCGUUUUACACCUCACGAAGGGUGCGUGCGGGAUCGUUUCCGAACACGGGAAGUUCGAGAAGGCUUGAGCCUGGUGGCAGGCAGGUGUGAAUGUAAUGCGUGAAACCUGAGACGUGGGCCACUUUAGCCCGAUGCAAGUCAUUCGAAGCGCAACAAACGGCAAAAGUGGAUAUCAAGUGAAGUGAGCUGCCGGCCAGAAUUGGUUCCCGCAUACACGCGUGCAAGAGUGUUUUCGUGUUCAUAUGUGUGUUUGUGCGUGUGUGUGUGUAAGUAGGCACCAGUACCGCGGUGUCAGUUUGGAUGCGUGCGUAUGAUGCUUUUCCACGGAAAACUCGUACACGAUCCACGCGGGGAAAAUUCAGUGUACUGGUCGUAGGUAAAAUGCGUACCGCAACACAACACGCUUGAGUCGAUCAAAGUGAGGAUUGAGAAAUAAGUAUGAAUAUAUCGCGACCCACCAGAGCCUACGCGAAAAUCGAGUCGAUGGGCUAGUGUGCGGCCACUCGACGGGAGACCGGGAAAAUCUUGUGGAUUUUGUUUCCUGCUGCUGCUGUUAUUCCGGUGGAAUUUGUUGUGGUGCAUGUGUGCUGUGCUGUGCGUUUUUGUGUGACUCGUCGCCGUGGAACGUGGCCCCGUUUUCCUACGAAAAGGCAAUUUAAUUAAUACAAGUGCUGAUUGGCCAAACGUGUCGCGGUUUCGGUGGUAACGGUGGUGGCGCUUCAGCGAAGGUGCACCGGAUCAUGGCGGAUUGGAUCUGGGCCAAACAAGGUGGAAAAAAGGAAAACCGUCACGGUCACGGUUCUGGGCCGAGGCGAACCUUAAACCGUUGACGGUGGUAACGGCGCGUAUGGCGAAAGGUGGUAGACAUCCGGGGGACCAGUGCAAUAAUUUAUCGAUCCGAAAUCGCCAACCAACACCUUAAGCCUAUGGAACCAUUAGCUCCCACCGGUGACAACGCGAUAAGAUGUUGCGAAUGGUGGCGCACUGUGCGUUCAACCGAGCGUACCACGAUGAUGAACAUAACGGUGAGCAAUCGAAACCAUUCAACGACACUCGACAAGCUAGCGGGAGGACUGUUCACGGUACGGUGCACUUUCUUACCGACGCGGUAUGGUGCAAAUCGGCAGUAAAACAUAAUUAACUCAUUGACCAAGUUAACACUAUCCCCGGUGGAGAAAAGGCAUCUCCGGCGUUCGCUCGCUUGAAAGGAUAACAGUUACGGGGUAUCCCAAGCGGUCAAUUCUACAAAUGCAGUGUGUUUUUUGUCUCAGUCCGGUGUCCGGUGAAUGUAAAGAAAAGCGAUGAGGAAAACUCCUUCUUCUUUCCAUGAAUGACUUUACAGAGAGCGUCCAGGGGUAAACCAUCGCUUAGCCAUUUAUGAGCUGGAUAAAGUGAACCGAUAGCAAACGCAUCUCUUGCCAGGUGAGGGAGUUCUCCGGGUAGUGUGUUAGAGUGAAAUGAAUUUUAUGUGUUAAAUUGGAAUAAAGUUACAGCUUAGCACAGAAUGUGCCAGUAAGCGUCGGUAGAAAUUCGUGCAAUGUGUAGCACCUCGAAUAAUAUUGUGUGAAGUCGCCAUCACAUCGAUGGUUGUGAGUUAUGUGCUUGGUUACUUAGAAGUUACUAGUUUGCUGCAGGGUUUUGUGUAAAUUAUGGUGUGGCAGAGUGUGAAGUGAAUCUAUCGGAAGGAGGUGACAAAUGAAAAUGCGACGAAAAAUGAAAUGCAACAUAAUUAACCAAGUGUUGAAUCUGAUCGUGAUCCAUAUUAUUUUUGCACAGUACACCUUUGGUUUGCAACAAGCGGCGGCGGUGGACAAAGAAAAACAUGUGAAAUCUUCCGAAAUUCAGGCUGUAGAAGGACGGAAGAUCUCCCUGCCUUGUCCUUUAUCAGCACCGUCCAGGGACAAAGUGUACAUGGUGCUGUGGUUCAAAGACGACGCUGGAAUUCCAUUGUACAGCUUCGACGUACGAGGGAAACCUUUACAGCAGGCACGCCAUUGGUCAGCGCCGGAAAUUUUCGGUCCAAGAGCCCACUUCAACACCGACACCGAUCCGGCCACUCUGGAUAUACAGGACGUCCGGCGCCAUGACGAGGGUGUCUACCGCUGUCGGGUUGACUUUCGUACCAGUCAAACACAGAGCUUUCGAUAUAAUCUCAGCAUCAUCAUUCUACCCGAACAUCCGGUUGUUCUCAGUCAGUGGGGUCAACAGCUAAACAGCUCAAAGCUCGGUCCAAAAGAGGAAGGUGAUGACAUCGUGCUAACGUGCCGUGUUGUUGGAGGUCGUCCCCAGCCCUCGGUCAAGUGGCUCAUCAACGGCAUCCUGGUGGACGAACAGUACGAGCACAAUUCGGGCGAUGUCAUCGAAAAUCGGUUGCUGUGGCCUGCGAUUCAACGCUCGGACCUAAAUUCCAUCUUCACCUGUCAGGCAACGAACACGCUGCUGGUGGAACCGAAGGAGAGCAGCUUUGUGCUGGAUUUACAUCUAAAACCAUUGAGUGUGAAGAUAAUGAACCCGCAGACGCCAUUAGUAGCCGAUCGACGAUAUGAAAUCUCCUGCGAAAGCGUUGGUUCGAGGCCAAAUGCGAUUAUAACCUGGUACAAAGGAAAGCGACAAUUACGCCGUGCAAAGGAGGAGAUUCUGAACAACACCACCCGCUCGGAGCUUAGCUUCGUACCGACAACCGAGGACGAUGGUAAGCUGAUAACUUGCCGCGCCGAAAACCCGAACGUUACCGGACUGUUUUUGGAAACAUCCUGGAAGAUUGAAGUUGUCUAUCCACCGAUUGUGUCGCUGCGGCUCGGUUCCACCCUAUCGGCGGACGACAUCAAGGAAGGGGACGAUGUUUACUUCGAGUGUCACGUCCAGGCGAAUCCUCCGUGGAGAAAAUUACACUGGCUACACGACGGUGUGAUGAUAACUCACAAUGCCACGGCCCGAGUCAUACGAUCCAAUCAGAGCCUUGUGUUGCAAAAGGUCACCCGCAACUCGUCCGGAAAUUACUCGUGUAGUGCCAUCAAUGCUGAGGGUGAAACGGUCAGCAAUCAGCUAGCGCUACGGGUCAAGUAUGCACCGGUUUGUGCGACCGACCGGAUCAUCAUUGUCGGUGCAUUCCGGAGCGAAUCACUGCAAAUACCGUGCGAAGUGCAUGCCGACCCACCGCCCCGACAGUUCAACUGGAAGUUUAACAAUUCCGGCGAAACGCUCAAGAUCGGCAAGGAACGGUACGUCAAGAACGGGUCCGUCAGUCUGCUCAACUACAUGCCGGUCAGCGAUCAGGAUUACGGGACGCUUACGUGCUGGGGUCAAAACGAGGUCGGCACGCAGGAUUGGCCCUGCUUCUUCCAGGUCGUGCUAGCAGGACUCCCGUCAGCGGUGAAAAACUGCUCGAUAAACAAUCAAACGCAACAUUCGGUGGAGGUGCAGUGUUUGCCCGGGUACGAUGGAGGUUUACCGCAAAUUUUCAUUCUCGAAGUGAUUUCCAGCCGGACCGGCCGUGUGCGGUACAACGUUACCAACCCGGACGAACCGUACUUUCUGGUGGAAUCGCUCGAGAACCUGAUUCAUUACGGCGGUGCGUAUGACGACAUCGGCGACGACAACCCACUGAAAGCCAUCAUUUACGCCGUCAAUCAGAAGGGCCGCAGCCAGGGAAUAGUGGUAAAGGACUUUUACCUUGAGAGUAGCGUUGAAAACCGCGCCGUGCUAACGAGCAACUCGCUCGAUAGUAUCUCUCCGAUCCUUUUCGGUGUGCUGCUGACGCUGCUGGUGCUCUGUUUCGUUAUCUUCGUCCGAGUGUACUACAUCAAAGCGACUGCCACCAGCACCACCAUCACGAACGUUAGUAAUGACUUAGUUAGUAAUUCAAAGCAAGGCAACAACAAACAGGAUAGCCUGGCGAAGAAGUCAGCCAAACAAAGCCCUCGCUGGCAGCAGGGCAAUACGGGCGGUAGUGGAGGUGGGUACGGCGGAACCGGAACCGGAUGUGGACUGAUCGUCGAUGGGCGAUCGCGGGAUGAAAAGCUGGGCGCACCGGACGGCAUGGAGGACGAGCGGGACCCAGACGUGAUACCCGCGCAGUUUGCAGUGUCGAACGAUCCGGAGAGUGUUAGCUUCAACUCCUCCAAGUGGCCAAACGGGAACUUUUAUGACAGAUACCCGAACCAUGACAUACGACCAUCGGAGCUGCUGAUACCGUCCGCGGCCGGGACACUAGGUCCAACGACGAAUCAAUUACACCCGAAUGUUAAUCAAGCGGGUGAUAGUAUUAAAUUAGGUCCAUACUACACGUCCGGCGGUCUAUUGACGGGUGCCGGGGCCACCGCGGGAGUGCCGGGUGCAAUGGGCAGCACGGCCGGCACCCCACUCGGACCAUCUUACCUCAGCCCGGCCGGGUCCCAUCCGCUCGAUAGCGGCGGUUUGGACGGUGUUGGCGGUGGUUCGCUAAUGUACGGCGGGCCGACCGGUGCGGGUGGUGCGGGCGUUACUGGCCAAACACUGGUCGGUGGCAGCCAUCAUCAAUCAAGCCUGCUGCCGAACGGUAGCGCCGGCACCGGAGUUAAUCCUAACGAUUAUGACAUCAAUGUACAUACCAUCAAAAAUAUGCUAAUGACGACACGCGUGCCCGAGAGCUGCGUUUAGUUCGGUACCGCAAUCGAAACCACCCGCGAGCAAGACGAACGCAAGACAGUGGCUCGUACACCUGAUUGUCUCAAGCAUUGGAUGUCAGAGAGAUGGUGGUUAGUUGCGGUAGGCUAACGAUGAUGAUGAUGUUGGUGACGCAGUUUGAGCUUCCAGGAGAGCAUUGUUUUGAUACGCUACCUUCGGCUAGACAUCCUCGUUACUCGUCACCAGCAGCUCAAGGUGUACACGGUUAGAAAGGUGUUUCUGGUUAAAUUUGUACGAAGCAAUCAUAUUAUUGGGGGAGGGAAGUGAACGCAACAUGUUUCUAGUUUAUUUCAACAACAACAAAAAACCAGCGUGACUGAUUAACUUCCCUUUGAAAGUGAAAGAGAGAAUAAAUAGUUCAAUUAAUUGUUCUGUUUACUAUGCGUGUUAUUCUACUAUCGGUUAUCGUAACUCAUAUUCACUGUAUCAACACCAAUUUGUACGGCUAGCGAGCACAUUAUUAACCUUUCGAACUGUUUGUAAAGCAUCCAUUAUUUCAUCAUUAGGAUUUUAGGUAAAGGAAUGUGUUUGGUACUGUUGUAUCCACGUGCUAGGUUCUUGGAGGGUAGAAUAAAAAUAGCGAGCAGAACGUUCUAACAUUGAGAAGAUUGGCCCGACGGUAUCGAUAUGCUAAUUAGACUUCAAUUUUGUUUUUUCUUGCAAAAAGUUCAAACACUAAUUAAAUCAAAUUUAUCUUUAAAUUUGCACAAAGGAAAAUCAAAAAGAAACUUGAAAACGGAACAAACUUCAGUCUGUUUGUUUUACUUCAAGCCAUCCACCACUAUGGCAUGCCAGAUAACUAAUUGGUUCCGCAAGCAUUCCGCAAUGGCAAAGCACGAUAUAGCAUGCCAAAUGGAAAACUUAUACGUUUUUUUUUAUAAUCCUUCACACAAUCGAAACAAAAAGAAACAUGUCACAGGUUCAUUAACUGCAACCGAAACUGGGCACGUAGCGUUUGUUGUUCUGCGUCGCAGCACUGAUGUGAGACGAUCCAGUAUCAAAGUUCAGUCGGAAGUAUUGUUGUCAACUGUUUUAAGUACCCGUCCUCACAAACUUGAACACAAAAACACAUCAAAAACAUCAGCAACAAGAAACAGUGUGUGUGUAUGGAGCGUGUAGUUUGAAGUUUUUAAUUAGCAAGAAGAACAAAAAUGGCGAGCAAGAUGUGCUCGGCACUGCGGAACAUGAAGGAAUACACACCAUUAUCCAAUAUUUGGACAGCAAAAAAGUGAGACUCAUAAACUGUGUUUAUACCUCAUGGCAUUGUUGAGUUGUUUUUUUAUUUCCUCUUUUACUUUAAAGACACGAAAAGAGUUAUGUUUGCAUUGGGAAAGCUCUUAGCGAGAUGCUUGGCGCACACCGUGUGGGGAAGAUCAGUUAGCAAACGAAUGCGAAGGAAAGCGAGAAAACCAAACUAAAAAUUUGAUGUUAACGUAAGUGUAAUAGAGUACAUGGAACACAUUGGCUAGGUAAUCUGUUUUAACUAGAACGACGGCAAACGAGGAUUUCCGAUGGAGGCGCAUGGUCGCUCACGCCGAUAAGUUUCCAAUAGGUAGUCCAAUUGAAUGAUGUCCACGGUGUGAUGGUGAUCACACUAAAUGCCUCAACCGAACAGUUUCCGACACUAAAAUUUCCCCGUUAUUUGUGUACCCUCUCGCAGAAAAAAAAACCACAACAGUUGUGUGCCAAUUCUUAGUACCGUAUCACAGUCCCCCAACACAUAUCACGUGCAUAAUCGAAUCGUUUCCUACCUUUAGCACACUUCCUAGAACCAUAUCGGUAAUGUUAUCGUUUCAUAUCCAGUUCGUAGCUAAAUCGGUCCUACAUAUCUCCAGUUUUGAAAAUUUUUCAAACGAUUUUAUUGUCUGGCUCGCCCCCUGAAGUCUGAAGUAUUGUUUCAGAGUAUAUAAUAGCGAAUGGUUAAAUUAAACGAAUCUAACUGUACAUAGCGAUCCACGGUUUUGCAACCCGUCAAACCAAACCCCUCUGUAAGCUUCCUACCAGUGGGAAGAGUCGUGUAAAUAGGUGCGUAGUUAAGCGGUAAGCAAAACUUUACAUGGUGUUUUAAAACGAUGCAAACGUAUGCUACACAUACUCGUCAUAAUGGCAGACAGUUAGCAACUACACUGCAAGGUUUUAUAAAACACACACA